UCUUGGUCGUCUAUUUCUGGCGAUGAUGUCUUCAUCAGGCUCGGUAUACUUAUCUUUGGGAAACAAAGACGUUUCUGAAAUGAUUUGUCAUUUCAAAUUUAUCUUUGUAUGUAUUUUUCUUAUACCCCAACCAACAGGUAAUGGUCGAUUUUUACUGCAAUUUUUAGUGUUUACCUUCUUUUGUAACAGAACUCGGUAGUUUCAGCUCAUGAUGCUCUGUAUUUAAAUGAUUUUUUUUAUCGACAAUAGCAGACUGUGGUGCCUCUUAGAAUGUAUACGGUGUUUUUAAUUUAAAAUAAAAGGGAAGCUGUUCUUGUUUUUAUAAAAUCGAAAGCAUAACUUGUUGUUAUUUAAGUGCGAUCUAAAAUAUUCUCCUUCAGUUGGCGGAAGUGUCACAUGGUAUGAACCUUCUCCUGAGAGGACAACAUCAAAUACCGCUGAAGUGCUUCCCCCAGGCAUUGUACAGGUGUAUGAAGGAUCUUCUGCCACACUGAACUGGAACUUCAAUGUGUCAGUAGGUCUUGGUCUUGGUUUUGUCAUAAAAUUCAACGCUGUUGGUAUAAUCAGCAUUAGAGCAGAUGGUUCAGCAUCAGGUCCUAUCAGAGCUGAAUUUCAGAAACGAUUCAACGCAAGGGCAUCUCCACAAAGUGCUUCUCUGUCAAUCUCUCCCGUCACUAUUGCUGACGAUAAGUCUAAUGGAGAAUUUAGCUGUGAGUUAAGUGAUGCCAACGGCAAUACUUGGAAACGAGCAAUUCAAGUGCACGUCGUAGGUAAGCUUGACAGUGUUGCUGGCUAUAAGAAACGCGUACCCUAACUGUAGUAUACUAUUAUCUGGCGCACGCGAUUGAGGAAUGUGUUCCGUCUUGGUCGUCUAUUUCUAGCGAUGAUGUUUUCAUCGGGCUCAGUAUACUCAUCUUAAGUUUGGAAAACAAGGACGUUUCUGAAAUGAUUUGUCAUUUCAAAUUUUAUCUUUGUAUGUAUUCUUCUUAUACCCCAACCGACAAGUAAUGUAUAUAUCUGGGAUUGAAUUUUUUUUCGAUUUUUACUGCAAUUUUUAGUGUUUACCUUCUUUUGUAACAGAACUCAAUAGUUUAAUCUUAUGAUGUACUUUAUAUAGAUGAUUUUUUAUAUUGAUGACAGCAGAUUGUGGUUCCUUUUAGAAUGCAUACGGUGUUUUAAUUCAAAAUCAAAGGGAAGCUGUUCUUGUUUUUAUAAAAUCGAAAGCAUAACUUGUUGUAAUUUAAGUGCGAUCUAAAAUAUUCUCCUUCAGUUGGCGGAAGUGUCUCAUGGUAUGAACCUUCUCCGGUUAGGACAACAUCAAAUACAGCUGAAGUGCUCCCCCCUGGCAUUGUACAGGUCUAUGAAGGAUCCUCUGCCACACUGGACUGGAACUUCAAUGUGUCAGUAGGUCUUGGUCUUGGUUUUGUCAUAAAAUUCAACGCUGUUGGUAUAAUCAGCAUUAGAGCAGAUGGUUCAGCAUCAGGUCCUAUCAGAGCUGAAUUUCAGAAACGAUUCAACGUAAGGGCGACUCCACAAAGUGCUUCUCUGUCAAUCUCUCCCGUCACUAUUGCUGACGAUAAGUCUAAUGGAGAAUUUAGCUGUGAAUUAAGUGAUGCCAUUGGCGAUACUUGGAAACGUGCAAUUCAAGUGCACGUCAUAGGUAAGCUUGAGAGUGUUGCUGACUAUAAGAAAGGUGAACCCUAACUGUAGUAUACUUUUAUCCGGGUCUUGUUUAAAUACAGUUUGAAAUUGGAAAAUUUUAAUUCUUAGCAGAAAAAAAAACUUCUACAUCCCUUGUAGCAAAUUCAUUUAGUUUCAGGUUAGUUCAUUUAGAAUCAAAGACCUAAAGUGCAGAUAAAGUUUUAAGAGACAAACCAAAUGUUUUUAGAUGUUAGAGAAUGUUUGUUUUAAUGGUAUACCAAACUUUUUAAGUACAAUUAUGCAAUCACAUGUAUGUGUCUUACAUACCAUUUGAGGUCCCAUGUAAAUCAAACUCCCAAAGUGCAGAAAAUAAAAGGCUCAAAAUUGGGAUGCUCCUUGAGAUAAGUGAAAAAAUUGCUUACAGCAUUAGUGGAUAAAGAUAACCCAAACUUCCUUCACAUUCUGCUUACCUCAGUUAUCAUAUGUAAUUGUGAUAAGGGUGUGAUCACAACAUUGCACAUCUGAUCUUGGUUUGUGAUUGCUACUCUUCAUCUGGGGGAAGGAACAAUUUGACAGAUUUCAACAGUGUAAAGGAUUCUUAUACCAAGUAAUGGUUGCUACUUGGACUGCUUGUAGUGAUGGUGUGACCACAGAACGAGAAUGAACUUGACUAUUUCCAUCAGAUUUUCCAGCUCCUAACAUAGAGCUGUCUGUUAGUGCUACAUUUGGUUACAUUCAAGAGUGAUUUUAUUUGAUAAACCUCACAUGGAUUACAUUGUGAAAAAUAGUCAACCUAAAGAGGAAUCAAGCAAUUAAUUUUUAAAGGAUUUGAGAUAAAUUCAAAUCUAAAGAGUUGUUGAUUACUAUAUGUUGGGAAACUUUCAUGUGUAAUUGCAGACUUUUACACUCAAUAUUUUUAAAGUUUAUCAGAAAGAUCUUAAUUUACCCUCAUAGCAAGCACAGGGUGCAAUUAUCAUUGGAAAGCCAGUUUACUGACUUAAGAAGAUGUUUCCUCAAGCAAGUUAAUCAGGUAUAAAAUUCUACAGCUCUAAUAAAAUUUCACAAAAUUUCAAACAGGAGGGGUACCGGUAUAUUUUCAAAUCCGUGUAGGGAAUUUUGGAUAUUACUGUCACGUUCUCUCAUCAAAAUUUCACUGAUGUGUGUUAGAGUCUUCAGGUCUAAUUUCAAGGCUUUUUAGUUUUCAAUAUACCCCGAUAAUAUGUUAAAAGAAGGAACACUUGCAGAAAAACUACGUUGUGCAAUGAGUGGCAAAAGUCUGAACAUGCUCUAUUAAUUUUUGAAUUUUUCCUAUAACCUUCCCCCAUUUAAAUGUUGCUUGGUGUUACAAAAUGGUGACCAAUUUCAGGAAAUAGGUGUUUUUGGAGGAAGGUGGAACUUGCAAGCAACUUAUUAGAGAUGAAUCACAAGAUUUCUGUUUAUUAUCUGGAGUGGAGGGCUGUCAUCCACCUACUUUUGGCACCUAUUGUACGGUGUUAGUAUGUUUUCUUUUGCUCCAAAGUUUUGCACAGACACAAUAUUACACUUUUGGUGACCAUAUGUCAAGGUAUAGUUCUUUAUACUAAUAGAUACACAAAAGCAUCCAAGGGAGUCCAAGGAGAUUCUCUACUCGAUAGUUUCCUUACAAAACCAUUAUCUACAUGUAGCAGUUUCAAAUGACAGACCAUGGUUCGAUUCCAAUAGACAGCAAUUUUGAUUUCAAGUUUAGAGUGGCUUUAACUGGCUGCAGCAGCACCUCUUGAAGGUUGCUGGUUGCAAGAAAUCAGGGAAGAUUGCUUAAAGCACAAGCCCUCCUCCAUUUCAGCAAUAUUUUUUUGCCGUUUCUCUUGGGAUUUCUUUAAUUUCUUGCUCUUACACCCAACCUCCUCUGUCGUUGCCGGACGACAAUUAAACUCGGCUGGUCCGUUUUAGACAACUUUAUUCGCAGGUUUUACACUCGCAACCACACCGCUUUUACAGCUCACGUUAUUACAAACUCAACUUAUUUCACACACGUACACGCGACCCCUAGCAACGAGCUGACCUGUCAUUCGUAACAUAGCAACGCGGCCAGAGAUGAAAGUACAGGAAGCGGGAGGGACAUCCCUGCCCCUGGUCGAGACACAACGUUUCUUGAGACGAUUAACAGUUCUACUCUUCCGCUUCCUCUAAUAAACAAAGUUUAGCAAUCGGUCUCUUUAACUCUCCGUGCUGAGUACGCACUGUAACUGCUCGAACUAACCCAUCCCGCCCAGGAUGAGUAGACCCGAUUCUGCCCAACGGCCUUACACCUCGCGGCUGAUUUGGCUCAGCAACUAGGACAACAUCUCCUUCUUUGAGGUUCUGUCUCUUCUCUUUCCACUUCUUCCUCUCUGUCAGGCCUGUGAGUGGCAAAGUAUGACGUCACGUUGUCAUGACCGCAUUUUUUUCAGUUCUAAACAAACUGUUCUAUCCAAUAUGACGGACGCAAGCGUCAUGUGAAGCUCCGUUUUGCAGACUUUGAACUCCUUGUUUGACGCUCGUGGUACAUUCAAGUUAUGCUGGAAGUAGAAGGAUAAGGCCAUAAUAUCUUGCAGAAUCUAAAAUAUUGGAGAAUUAGGCGAAAUGGUUCAGUGUUUCACACCCGAAUGUAAUCACCAGUCUGAGAGUCAUUGCUGUCGCUUCUUUGCAUUCCCGAGCAAAGAAAAGAAAAAAUCUGAGUAUGAUCGAUGGAGAAGAUUAUUAAGGUUUGUAUUUUAACUUACAUAUAUACUGUAAAACCAGAAUAUCGCAGCUAAACUAAAGUAUUGUGGCUUUCGGACUAAUAAACAUGGUACUUGUUGGAUUGACGCUUGUUUCCUUCGAUUUACUUCUAAUAAAAUCCAACUCUGAUCUAAAUACAUUCCACAUCUCUAUAUGUUUCAACAGUAGAGAAGAUCGAGAACCAAGCAAACACAGCCGUGUUUGCAGCUGCCAUUUCAGAAAUGGCGAGAAGGUAUUUGGGCCAGAGAUUUUUAAGCACAACGAAGGAAAACUUUUCCCCUCUAGCAGUAAACCGCCACCAAAGAAGAAGAAGAAAUUGGAAAAAAGUACAGAUGGCAAGGAAUUAGUCGACAUCGAAAAAAUGAGAGAAGCCUUGCAGAGCAACGAAAGUGAAGAUCAAGAACGGGACGUACUCAACGAUUUAACUGCUUCGGAGAUAAUCCUUGAAGCAGAAGUAAAGCAGCUGAGAAAUGACCUUCAACAACAUGAAGAGAAGUCAAAAUAUUUUAGAGAAAAAUACUCAGUGUCUACGUUAAGUGACGAUGUAAUACGCAUGGAAACCGGUCUUCCAACUAAGCAAGUAUUUGAUGUAGUUGUACUUUAUACUUUAAGAUUCAAAGACUCAAUAAUAUAUUUUCAUGGCUGGAAGGUGGAAUCAAUAAGUUUUGAAGACCAGAUAUUCAUAACUUUAAUAAAGAUUAGACAGAAUUACACGAACCUUCAUAUAGCUCAGUUAUUUUCAUGCAGUGAAACUACUAUAUCUAAUAUUGUCAUUACAUUUAUUCAUCUCUUGAACGAGAUUUUGUUCACUUUUUUGAUGUCAACAGUACCUUCUAGGGAGAAAAAUAAGACUUGUUUGCUGUCAUCAUUUACACAGUUCAGUUCUUGUAAGAUCAUAAUAGAUUGCACAGACAUUGAAGUUGCAACCCCUGGCCUAAUGAGUCAUCAAAGUGCAACUUAUUCUUCAUACAGAGGUAUGAAUUCAUUUAAAGUACUCGUUGGUGUGGCACCUAAUGGGGUCAUAACAUAUGUUUCUAACCUUUACCCUGGAUCAACUUCAGAUAAGGCUAUAGUGGAAAUGUCUGGUUUUUUGAAACACCUUUAUCCAGGAGAUCUUGUUCUUGCUGACAAGGGCUUUCUAAUCCAAGAUAUAGUUCCGAGUGGUGUGUCUGUAAAUAUUCCCCAUUCUUAAACAAUGGUAAAUUUACUGAAAAUGAAAUAAAAGUAACUAAGUCGAUUGCCAAAUGCAGAAUCCAUGUAGAGAGGGCUAACGCCAGGUUAAAGGAUUUUAAGAUUUUAAGUUUUAUUCCUCUUACCUAAGAUGCUAUUCUCAAAAAAUUUUUCAGCUUUGUGCUGCUCUUUGUUAAUUUGCAGUUUCCGUUAAUCAAGGAAGGUUGUACAAAUGUAUUUUUGAGUAGAAAAUUCUCAAGAGAGGCUCAAGUCAUGUUUUCGAUGACUACAAAGAUUCAAUAGUUACAGUAAUAAAAAGUCUAAGUUAUGGCAAUUUCUUCAAUUCUUUUUUUUCUGCUUUUUGCUCUUUACUUAGGGUGUGAUUCUUACUUUAAUAGGCAUGAAAGCAUCACUCUAGUUUCUGUCUCUAUUUUGGAAAAGUAGUCUACCAACAAUUGAGAUAGAUGGAUAGAUAUAGGUUAUUCCUCAUAACUUUAACAACUAUGAUAUUCUAUGAUUAUUUUCUUAGUUCAUAUAAUCCUAACUGUACAAGGAAAGAAGAGAAUCAUUAACAGUUAAUAAUUUUCAAUCUUUUCAAUUGUUCUACAGAGUUGAACAGUAACAUUAUUUUUUAAUUUCUCAUUUCCACAUAAGGUAGAAUAAAUAUAAAGAGUACAAGUGUAUAUGUCUCCUCUUAUGUAUUCACACUUAUAAUAAUUCCACCUCGAUCAUUUUAGGGUAGUAAUGAUGGAAAUAAAAGUUUCUUAGAAUAUCAAGAUUAGGUUUCCAUUCCUCGUCUCUAUGAAUGACCAAAGUUACGUGGCCCUUGACAGUCCACACAACAAAAUAACAAUACAUUCUGUUUGUGAGAUGGAGCUGUCCUUGAAUUUGAUGCCAAUACCCAGACUUGUGAUCCCUCUUAAGCUCAAUUUUGUCCUUUCGCUUCUCCAAAUAGAAUGAUUCUGAUUCUAUAACUUCCUCUAUGGUUGAAUUCCUAAAGGUAUAUGGGCAUUUUACUUCCAAAAUACCUUUUUGAUCAACUAGACCAUCAGGUGUGGCACCAAGAAUACCUGACUCUUCAAACCAAAUUCCUGUUGGUUCAACUUUUAAACAAUUUGACAUCUCAAAUGCAUUCACAGCUUCUUUUUCAUUGUUGACUCCCCAUGUGAUGGCUUUGACUCCAGAUAAAUCAUACUCGCCCAUGAGUCUUUUCAAGAGUGAUUGUGAAACUCUCUUGGCUGCUAAGACAGGACCAAAAUUACUAGCUGUGAGUCUUCCCUUUCUAAGCAUUGACCAUGCUGGAUUCUCUCUUUGACCCACUGUGAGUUUUGCUAUUUCUUGUAUAGUACUACUUUGAAUUUUGCAUUUUUCCUUAAAAAAGAGAGCUGAUCUUCCUUUCCAUGGGCUUGAAGGAAGCCAUCAGAAUAAAUUAUUUCUUCGAUUGUAAGCAUUGGUAACGUCACCGGUUCAGGUUCAGGGCUCAGAAUCCACCAUAGUCCUGUGAACUUUCCAUAUUUACAUAACGAUCGGUAAAUGGAUGAACGAUCUGCUUGCGUAGGUUCUCUCGAUAGAGCACAGUACUGUUUCGGAGGAGGAAACAUCUCAGUGACGUCCCGAACUGCAGGGCAAGUUGGCUUUUUUGGCUUGUUCCAUCGACAUUCGAUGUCCGUACGACUUACAUGAUGUAUGGCGUAAAUGAACACAGCUGCGGCAUGACUGCACUUGAAAGCGCCCUUAGGACAUUCACACUCUGUCGACUUGAUAUUCAAGUUACUAUCUACGUAUAUCUAAAGUAGAAGAAGAAAAAUUUUUAUUCUUUUAGUGAUUUUAUUGGUUGUAAAUAGCUCUCAGGCGUUCUCAACGCUCCAAUCGAACAGCCAUCGAACGGAUCCUAUUUUAGAGGCGCUAAGAGCUAUACUUUAUGAAGUCAAUAUCAUAUACAUCGGAGCC